AUGAAGUCUGGUUUAAUUUUGGUGUGUUUUGUAGGUCUCUUUGCUUUGGUGAUUUCUGAAGACACCAAAAAAAUAUUUACAGAUGCUGUAGAUGCUUGCGCAAAUGUAACACACCCACCAAUGGAUGCAAAAACUAUGGAAUCUGCAAUGAACCAUGGAAAUUUGAAUGAGAUCUAUAGUCCAUUUGUAUUCUGCGUGUAUAAGAAAGUAGGUAUUUUUAAUGACAAAUUUGACAUUAAUCAGGAUAUGGUAAUAAAAUUUCUGAAGAAUAUCAGUGAUGAUGCGGAUAAGAACGAAGAGGUAGCUGGUGUGUGCACUAAGAAGAAAUCCACGCCUGAGGAAACUAGUCUUUUUUUGUUCAAUUGUGUAGCUCAACAUUUACAUUGA